UCCCUCUCUCUCUCUGCAUAUAUUUCCUCUGCGGGGAGAUGAGAAAUUCGCAGGGAUUAAUACAAGAGCUGGUGCUAUACGCGGCUAGCGCGGCACUGAGCUGUCUUGUCCUGUUCGCUGGGCUGCGCCAACUGGAUCCCAACCGCGCCGCCUCCAAGAAGGCCCUUGAGCAGAAGAAGGAGAUAGCCAAGCGGCUUGGCCGCCCCCUUAUCCAGACUAACCAAUAUGAGGAUGUUAUAGCCUGUGAUGUUAUAAAUCCUGAUCAUAUUGAUGUUGAGUUUGAUUCGAUUGGAGGGUUGGACAACAUCAAGACAUCAUUGUUUGAGUUGGUUAUUCUUCCUUUGCGGCGACCUGAAUUGUUUGCACAUGGGAAGCUUCUUAGCCCGCAAAAGGGCGUCUUGUUGUAUGGACCUCCAGGCACUGGGAAGACAAUGCUUGCUAAAGCUCUCGCCAAGGAAUCUGGAGCUGUUUUCAUUAAUGUGAGGGUAUCCAAUUUAAUGAGCAAAUGGUUUGGUGAUGCUCAAAAACUUGUGGCUGCAGUAUUCUCUCUAGCCUAUAAGCUCCAGCCUGCCAUUAUUUUCAUUGAUGAAGUAGACAGCUUCUUGGGACAACGUCGAAAUACAGAUCAUGAAGCUAUGACUAACAUGAAAACUGAAUUUAUGUCUUUGUGGGAUGGUUUCACCACAGACCAGAAUGCACGUGUGAUGGUUCUAGCAGCCACAAACAGGCCAAAUGAGCUUGAUGAGGCAAUACUAAGGCGAUUUCCCCAGGCCUUUGAAAUUGGCAUGCCAGAUCAAAGUGAGAGAUCCAAGAUUCUGAAGGUGAUUUUGAAGGGUGAAAAUAUUGAAGAAAACAUUGAAUACGAUUAUAUAGCGUACCACUGUGAAGGAUUUACAGGGUCAGAUAUUUUUGAGCUUUGUAAAAAAGCGGCCUAUAUUCCAGUUAGAGAGUUUUUGCAAGCUGAGAAGAGUGGAGAAUACCCCAACGGUCCAAGACCGUUGAAGCAGUCAGACUUAGAGAAAGCUCUAUCAUCCUUCAGAAAAUCACGAAAAUCACCUGCCGGAUAUCAACCUACCUAUCAAGCUCCUCCAUGGGUCCGUCCAACAGAUCCAGAAAACGAUCAGGUCCAGAAUGCUAUUUCGGAAAUCUCAGAGCUAAUGUCUCAUAUAAUGAACCGCCACUCUGAAGCUCUCAAUCCUUAGCUCUGUCGUUUUAUCGAACCUAAACAUUGUUGAUAUUUUACUCACAGGAAUUACAGGCUCUUAGGCUUCGUUUGGGAUGACUUUUUUGUUACAUCGUAAAGCAGUUUUUUAGUAUAAAAAUUUUAACUAUUGUACUAAAAAGUUGUUUCAAGAAGCAGUAAAAAAGUUGUCGCAAACGAAACUUUAGUUUUGGUUUCGAUGCUGCUUACUCUCUGCAUUUUGCAGGAAUGGGGCAUUGAAAUUAUGAAAGUUUUGGUGGCUUUAUGGUUUCAGGUUCUCCCUUCUUAAAAGCUCCCAUGUUUUAUCUGAACUAUUUAUUAGAUGUAUUGGCAGUUUUGUAAAAUUCCUAUUAGCUAUUUUGUUCCAAAUUAAAUUGUGUUUUACUGUAGAGUUUCAGUUA